AGAAUCAUUCAUAUCUCAACAAUCAAAUAGAUGUGUUGGAUCAUAAAUGCUUUAAAAUUAACUCAUGUGAGCUAUUGUUGAUGCAAUUUUGACUUGAUUUCUUGGUUGAUGUACGUUAUUAUUAUUUAAACAAUGAAAUAUCGCGUUUAUUGAUAAUGAUUUAUGAUAAUGCAACAAAAUGUUCACGUUCGACAACUUAGCUGUUAGUACAAAUUGAUAAAGAUUGCUGUAUGAUAAAAUAUUACGAAGGUCGGUUGUUCAUAUUUUCAUAAAUUUCCAUUUACUUGUUUGAUCAACUUAUUCAACGCUCUCAAUCUUCGUCUAUGAUAAUUGGUCAGUGGCCUUGGUGACCUAAGAUUGCAUCCAUUGUGUGCUGAAUGAGGCCUAUUUCUGUGAAACAACAAAUGAUUAUUUCUCAUCACUGCAGUCUCCACAUUACUUGUUCUGUGCAAGCAUCUCGUCUGCUACAUCACUGUGCUGUUUUCGUUCUUGACGAGGAUUCAAUUUGUCUGACAUCAGAAUGAAAUUGUUAUUGUUAAUAGCUGUUGUUGCUGCUUUGACUAUGGCAUCUCCAGUAGAUAAGAAGGAGGAAGAUGAGUAUGAUUGGGAAAGUUUCAAGAUCAAAUUCAAUAGAAACUAUUCUCCCGAAGAAGAUAAAACAAGGAAGGCUAUAUUCGAUGCUAAUGUUGCAAAAAUCAAGGAACAUAACAAAAAAUAUGAAAACAAAGAAGUUUCCUACUCCAUGGGAGUGAACAACUUUGCAGACAAGACUCCUGAAGAAUCCAGGCAAUCACUGGGAUUGAAAAAGGAUAACACUAAUAAGGGAGUGUAUACUGGUGUCUAAUUUUCAAAUAAGGGAGAAAAUGUUAGAAUAUUUUAUAGCUUUACCUUGAAUAUUAAACAAGGGAUUGAGGACAAUUUUGAACAAUGGUUAAAGGACAACAUCUACGAAUUUCAAUAUCUACCGUUACAUGACUCCAUUUUUUAAACAUUAGACUGUGUAUUCUGACAAUUUCUGUGAUUUUUAAUGUUUUGUACACUGAUUGAGAUUAUAUUACUUCAUCUUUGAACAAAAA